AUCACCGCCAUACACCAUACCAGCAUCCUGAUCACCGCCAUACCUCAUGCUAACGUCCUGAUCACCGCUAUACCCCAUACCAGAGUCCUGAUCACCACCAUACCUCAUGCUAACGACCUGAUCACCGCCAUACCUCAUACCAGCGUCCUGAUCACCGCCAUACCUCAUGCUAACAUCCUGAUCACCACCAUACCCCAUACCAGCGUCCUGAUCACCGCCAUACCUCAUGCUAACGUCCUGAUCACCACUAUACCCCAUACCAGCGUCCUGAUCACUGCCAUACCCCAUACCAGCGUCCUGAUCACUGCCAUACCUCAUGCUAACGUCCUGAUCACCGCCAUACCUCAUACCAGCGUCCUGAUCACCACCAUACCCCAUGCUAACGUCCUGAUCACCGCCAUACACCAUACCAGCGUCCUGAUCACCGCCAUACCUCAUGCUAAUGUCCUGAUCACCGCUAUACCCCAUACCAGCGUCCUGAUCACUUCCAUAUGCCAUACCAGUACUCAUCACUGCCAUUGCCAAAAGGCAUCUUUAUGUGCCUCCAAA